CACACAAAGAAGGAGUUCUCGAUUCUCAGGAAACCCUGCAACAUCGGAUCGCUACUACAAGAAUAUUUGUCUCAGUGGAUUAUCCUCACUGUCAGCAGCCCAGCCAGUAUGAAGCUACUUCACGUAGCCCUGCUUUAUGUCGGCUCUGUGACCUUCUUCGGGGUGGAUGCUGUAAAGGUGGACGUAGCGACGGAGUUCAAAAGAAAAUGGACGAAAUGGGCAUUGAGCCGAGCCAAGCGGGACAUCAAGCCUUCGGUAGCUCUCCGAGGGCUGGGGGCAGCCGCCGAGGUGCAGCCACUCAUACGGACCCAGGACGUGAGGGAGGAUCCCCGAGUCUCGCAUCCCAGCAGCCGGGAGGAUGCUCACAUCCGCGUCAAGCGCUACCGCCAGAGCAUUAACAGUUUCCCCCACUUCCAAGCCAUCCGCACGGGGUGCCGGUUCGGGACAUGUACGGUGCAGAAGCUGGCCCACCAGAUCUACCAGCUGACGGACAAGGAUAAGGACGAUACCGCUCCCCCCAACAAGAAGCCCCAGGGCUACGGCCGCAGGCGCCGCUCCCUGCCGGAACGCCGCAGCCCGGACCGCUUCCCUUGGGCCGGGCGGCGCCCCCGGACGCGGCGGGCGCAGCCCCUCGCCCCUGUUCUGGGGAUCUGAACGCCGCACUACCCGGCCGAGGCUGUCUCUGAUGGAUAGACUGACGCACGGACACUCCGAAGGUCCGUCGAUGCUCGGGAGCCGC